AUGACCGGUUCACCUGUGGGAUGUGGGAGACGAAUCCCGCUUCUGACCGCAAUAGACUCAAGGGCUCAUAUCCAUUUGAUAAUUGGGUCUAAUCCACUGGUGGCUGCACGCAUUACCAAGUCCAUUGACUCAGGAGCAACUCCCAUUUUAAUAUCCCCUCCUGGAAACAAGCUUCCAUCAACUCUUUCCGAGAGAGUUGAGAACGGACAGGUCCAAUGGAUCCAGAGAGAAUUCCAGGACAGUGAUCUCCUAACAUUGGGCCGCGCGGAAGUAGAACGUGUUGUUGACGCUGUAUUUGUAACUUUGGACAAGUCAUAUACCUUAAUUCAUCACAUAUCAAAAACAUGCCGGCGGCUCCGGAUUCCUGUAAACGUGUCAGAUGCACCGGAGCUCUGCUCUUUCACACUGCUGUCAACAUAUUCCGAUGGACCUCUGCAUAUUGGAGUUACGACGUCAGGAAAAGGAGGCUCCUUGGCUGCUCGGAUAAGACGAGAAAUUGCCUCAUUUCUUCCGCCUGGGCUCGGUAAGGCGGUUGAAAAUUUAGGUAUCCUAAGGAAACGCAUCUGGGAAGAAGAUGCCAUUGAGGAAGAGGCGGAUAAGGAUAACUUUGAGGAUGAUUCCGACGACUCAACUGCACAGAAGCACACAUUCAACACAUUAGUAGUGGACGCAACUGCUACGUCAAAGACAAGGAGAAUACGCUGGCUCUCGCAAAUUUGUGAAUACUGGCCUCUUCGCCAGCUUGCCAGCAUCACAUUGCCUGGUGUGGAGAAGAUGUUAGAAGCUUAUGGAGCUGGGAAGAAUCCCGUCGCCAACGGAGAUGGUACAGAUUCGGAGUCUAAAAAGGGAAAAAUCAUCCUAGCAGGUUCCGGACCAGGUCACCCCGACCUAAUAACACGGGCAACUUAUCAUGCAAUUAAAACAGCAGAUCUUAUACUUUCCGACAAACUCGUACCGGCCGCAGUUCUAGAUCUCAUCCCACGAAGAACGGAAGUUCAUAUUGCACGAAAAUUCCCUGGUAACGCAGACAAGGCGCAGGAAGAAUUGCUAGAGAUGGCAUCCGAAGGACUCUCUGCCGGUAGAAUUGUCCUCCGGUUGAAACAAGGAGAUCCAUACCUCUACGGACGUGGGGCUGAGGAAUUCUCCUAUUUUCGAGAGAAGGGAUACGAGCCCAUCGUUCUUCCUGGGAUCACAAGUGCUCUUAGUGCACCUUUGUUUGCAGACAUACCGCCAACUCAUAGGGGAGUGGCCGACCAAGUUCUGAUAUGCACUGGCACCGGCCGUCAUGGAGUGGCACCGCCCCCACCAAGUUAUAUACCCACUCAGACGGUGGUUUUUCUCAUGGCAUUGCAUCGGUUGCCAUCUCUAAUUGAAUCUAUGACAACUUAUGCCAGUGAUAACAAGGAUGACAUAGCUUCAUCUCGGAGACUCUGGCCAAAAGACACGCCCUGUGCGGUAGUAGAAAGGGCAUCAUGCGCUGACCAACGGGUGAUAAGGUCGACACUGGAAAACGUGUGUUUGGCUGUCCAGGAGGAGGGCUCAAGACCACCAGGCUUGCUUGUGGUAGGCAAAAGCUGCGAGGUUCUUCAUCAACCGGGCCAAAAGUGGAUUGUUGAGGAUGGGUUCAAGGCCCUGGAUGGGUUGCACAAUGACCUGAAUUUAAACACCAUUACCGCAUUAGGAGGAAGUAACGGUGAGUAG